GUAAAGUGCUUUUAGAUCAGGAAGUUAAAGGCCCUAUAGCAUUCAAGACCAUAAGGAACUCUGAUUUCCAAGAAGUGAGCCUAAAAGUGAAUGAUAAAUCUGUCCUGAAAUUUGCAUUAUGUUACGGUUUCCGCAACCUGCAGAAUGUUGUUAGGAAAUUGAAAAUGGGGAAGUGUGACUACCAUUUCUUGGAGAUCAUGGCAUGCCCUUCAGGAUGCUUAAAUGGUGGCGGACAAAUAAAGCCACAACCUGGGCAGUCUGGUAAAGAGUUGAUUCAGCUGUUGGAGACGGCUUAUGUAGAAAAUGUUGUCGUUGCUGAUCCUUUCAACAAUCCUAUCAUAAAAGGCCUAUAUUCUGAGUGGCUUGAGCAACCUGGUUCAGAGAAAGCAAAGAAGUACUUGCAUACUGAAUAUCAUCCUGUAGUGAAAAGUAUCACUUCACAGUUGCAGAACUGGUGAAAAAUGCAAAAUAUCAGCUUUUAACUGGUUGGCUAGGUUCCUAGUGUUCCCUUCUGGUGUUUUUCUGCAAGACCAUCCAAAGAGGGUUUUGAUAUUACACUGCAUUGAUCCAAAGUGCUCGCGAUAUAUGGUCAUGAGGCCAUGCACCACAAUUUUGAGAGUCCAAUUUUGGCAGGGGACGUGUUUCACACUUUCACCCAUACUGCAAAUAUAUUGUGUUUGUACUUGUGUUGCACAUUACACAAUAGUUUAGGUCGCAAUGCUAACAUUAUUCCCCAUCUGGAUUGGGAGUAGUUGUAUUGUACGUGUCAUAUCCCACAACCCUCAAUCGUAUUUAUUUGUACCGUUAGAAAAGGCGGCAACUUUUUUUAUGCCGAUGGUAAAUAAUAUCACCAGUCUUAGUGUAAUCGUAUUUGUUUUCAUAGGCUGCCUUUCUUAGUUCUGCUUUCCAUUAUGGCGCAACAAGCACAUACAUGUUAAAGAGUCUUGUUGGCCUUUUGUAAUAUUUUUCUUUGAGAAGGUAUAUAGCCUUUUGGUAAUAUUAAGCUAGACAAUAAACUUUUCAUUU